UGGGGCUCACGCUCGCCGCCGCCUCCUGCUCGCUGUUUGCUGCUUCGGCACUGGCCCCAGGAGUCGCCACACACCCCUGACAGCAACUCUCUCUUCCCUUCCAGCUGAGCCCGUGAUGUGCGCUCUGCACUGCAGGCGCCCGCGACGGCCAUGAGGGCCCUGGAGAGCUCGCUGCUGUGGGCGCUGCUGCCCGUGCUGCACUCACUGGCUGGCGCGGCGGAGCACGCCGAGGCUGCCCAGCAGGCCAUCGAGCUGGACCGUGGCCGGGCAGCGGCCCCUGCCUCGCGGCGCCAGUGGACCCUGGGCCACUGCAGGAAGCUGUCAGGGCUGUUGCGCCAGAAGUCGGUGGCAGUCAGCAGGCUGAGGGAGGCCGUUGCCGCCGUGGGGCAGCGCACCCGCCUGUCCGCUGAAGAGAAGCUGUUCCAGGUGCACACGCUGGAGAUCUUCCAGAAGGAGCUGGAUGAGAGCGAAAACUCCGUAUUCCAGGCCCUUCUCGGGCUGCAGCGGGCCCUGCAGGGCGACUCCAGGGACCUGGGGAACAUGAAGGAGAGCAGCCGGCAGCGCCUGGAGGCCCUGCGGGAGGCGGCCAUCAAGGAGGAAUCAGAGUACGUGGAGCUGCUGGCCGCCGAAAAGCAUCAGGCUGCAGCCCUCAAGCACGCGCAGCACCAGAACCGGAGCCUGUCCGUGCUGGACGAGGUCCUGGAGGACGUGCGCCGGGCCGCCGACCGCCUGGAGGAGGAGAUCCAGGAGCACGCAUUUGAUGACAACAAGUCGGUCAAAGGGGUGAAUUUCGAGGCGGUUCUGAGGCUGGAGGAGGAAGAGGCCGAUUCCAGGCAGAAUCUCACACGACGGGAGGCGGAGGGCGGCCUGGGCCUCAGCAUGCUCAUCGACUCCCAGAGCAACCAGUACAUCCUGGCCCGGCCCCGCGAUGCUACCACCCCCCGCGCGGACCACCACCUCAUCAAGGACAUCGUCACCAUCGGCAUGCUCUCGCUGCCCUGCGGCUGGCUGUGCGCGGCCAUGGGGCUGCCCGCCAUGUUCGGCUACAUCGUCUGUGGCGUGCUCCUCGGGCCCUCGGGGCUGAACAGCAUCAAGUCCAUCGUGCAAGUGGAGACCCUGGGGGAGUUUGGCGUGUUCUUCACUCUCUUUCUCGUCGGCCUGGAGUUUUCCCCUGAAAAGCUGAGAAAGGUGUGGCGCGUCGCCCUGCAGGGCCCCUGCUACAUGACACUGCUCAUGACGGCCUGUGGCCUGCUCUGGGGGCGCCUGCUGCAGCUCGGAUCCUCUCAGAGCGUCUUUCUCUCCGCCUGCCUGUCCCUGUCCAGCACGCCCUUGGUGUCCAGGUUCCUGGUGGGCAGUAGCCGGGCUGACAAGGAAGGUGAUCUGGACUACAGCGCUGUGCUCCUGGGCAUGCUGGUGACGCAGGACGUGCAGCUGGGCCUGCUGAUGGCCGCUGUGCCCACGCUCGCCCAGGCUGGCGCCGGCUCGCACCCCAGUGUCGUCAUGGAAACGCUGCGGCUUCUGGCCCUGGUGGGGCAGACGCUACUGUCGCUGGCCGCCGGGCUGCUGCUGUGCCUGGGGCUGAAGUCGUACCUGCUGGGCCCGUACUGCCGGAAGCUGCACGCGGAGAGCCGGGCGGGCAGGGAGGCCCUGGUCCUGGGCGUGUGUGCGCUGGUCUUCUUCAUGCUGACGGCCACGGAGCUGCUGGCCGUGUCCAUGGAGCUGGGCUGCUUCCUGGCCGGCGCGCUGCUGUCCUCGCAGGGCCACCUGGUGGCGGAGGAGGUGCUGUCCUGCGUGGAGCCCAUCCGCGACUUCCUGGCAAUCCUCUUCUUCGCGUCCAUAGGUCUGCACGUGUUCCCCACCUUCGUGGUCUAUGAGCUGACGGUGCUGCUGGUGCUCACGCUGUGUGUGGUGGGCGUGAAGUUUGUCCUGGCAGCUCUGGUCCUGUCCCUCCUCCUGCCCAAGGCCAGUCAGCACAUCAAGUGGGUCGUGGCGGCCGGGCUGGCCCAGGUCAGCGAGUUCUCUUUCGUGCUGGGGAGCCGCGCACGCCGCGCCGGCAUCAUCUCCCGGGAGGUGUACCUCCUGGUGCUGAGCGUGACCACGCUGAGCCUGCUGCUGGCACCGGUGCUGUGGCGAGCGGCCAUCACGCACUGCCUGCCCCGCCAGGAGCGGCGGUCCAGUCUCUGACCCUAGGGCCGGCGGCUCCGAGACCAAGGGCAGCCGGGCCAAGACAUUGGGGUGCCUCCCCAGGGCUUGGACAUGGGACACCUGACCUCGCCCGAUGGUGCGAGGCCACCCAACUGCGCCUGCCAGACAAGUGCAAGCGUGCACCCCAGCACCGUGCCUGCUGCCCAGCUGCUCUCAGUAGGCUGCAGGCCCCCCCCAAGGCCGGACGUCUCUGGAAAUCCAUGUGCUCGUCACUGUAACAGUUUAAAUAAAACACGUCGCGCGUUCUUCUCGCUGGGCACGACCCUCUCGCACUUUGACCACAGGAGUUGAAGCGCUUCAGUGAGACUCGGUGCCCUCGGGCCUCGGAGUUAAUGGAAACUUGCUGGAUGUCCUGUCCAGUGACAGCUUCGUGCUGGCCUAGUGUCCAGCUCCUCCCCGGGGCUGCAUCCACACAGCUUUCCCCAGAGCGCUCAGGCUGGACGCUCAGGGAGGACCCGACACCUGGACGGGGAUCUGGCAGAGAAGCCGGAGCUGCUGGGGUUGCAGGCCAGUGGGAGCCGUCUCGGCCUGGCCACAAGCGGGCAGGGGUGGACACACUGGUCCCACACACUGCCUGUUCUGAGUCAUGGGAAGGUCUGGCUGUGUGGGGGGCCCGGCCUGGCUCCGGCCUCCUGGCAGCUGUGCGUGGAGCGUGCUGAGCUCCAGCCAGGGAGACUGCGGGUGAUGCCCAUGGGUGAUGCGCCUCCGUCCUCCCGGCAUGUGUCCCUUACGCCCGGGAGGGCAACGGUUGAGACCAGAGUCUCCCAGGCCUCACUCGAGAUGCUCCCAGGGCCCCAAGCAGCAGGUGCCUGAGGCGGAUGGUGGGGUUUCUCCGCCACCCUUAGGAGUCACCUGUGCGGUCCGGUCUCACACCUGCCUUCUGACUUGAGACUUUCCGACUUCUUCACCCCCUCCCACACCCCAGCCGCCUCUCGGG